AGGGGUGGGAUGCGAAGGACGGAGGGGGAUGCUGCGCAUAAAAAGCGGACGCGCGGCCCAGCCUUUCGCAGCUGGAAAGAGCGGCGUCUCCGAGAGAUCUUGACAGAGCAGUGUGUGCUAUUUUUCUGACGGAAACCCAGCCAAGAUGUGGAUGGUUUCGCCCCCCUCCGAUGAAGAAUCUCAGGACCUUUCCGGGAUUCGGAAAGACGACCAGGGCAGGGUGCUAAACAUACUAGUAGGAUAUGUCCCUUCUCCUCUAAAAAGAAUAGUUCUGUUGGGGGUGAGAGAGAAAAAUAAGAGAGACUUAGGCUUAACUGAGGGUUUUGUAAUGUAUUUGCAAGCAGGAUGGGGUGGGUUGUAGUUAAAUAAACCUUAAACUGGGUGGUAAGAGGUAGAGGCGGGAGUGUAGAAAGUAAACUUCAUAAAGGACGAGAGGAAAAGGAGGAAAGGAGCAGAAAUGAAGGGGUGGGAUAAGUGGGAAUGAAUGGGGACGAGGUGCAUUUGAUGCAUUUGCUAGCGAGGCUGUCCGUUGCAUGUUGCUUCCGUCCUUUGCAAGAAAAUUUCCAAGCUUCAAUGCUCCCAACACUAUGGGUCGGCGGCACAAAGCCGGCUCAUUGUGGGAACAUAUAUUCCAUCUCCUGGGAACGGUGGCGCUUUUAUGUGGACGCACAGUCCUUCCAAAAAUGUUCCCAAGUCAAACUCCUCCAAAACGUAAAUUUGGACCAUGCUGCAAGGCGAGCAAAUACAUCUGCGAGGCCCAGAAACCCGGGAGAUGGGAUUGGCCAGGGCUACGCAAAGGCUAUUUGGCAGGCUGAGGUGUAUCUAUACAUAUAAUAUAUAUAUAUAUAUGUUCUCAAGAAACGUAAGAAUAUGAACACAUGCACAACCCCGCCGGGUCGUCCCCCAAACCCUAAACGGAGCAGAGACUGUAAAAAUAAUUUUUAGCAGACUACUAAUGUUCAACAGUCUUGCCCAAGCUCUGCAAGAGACACUUGAUUCCACUCAUCUGGCGAUAGAAGAAGAAUCUCCAUCAAAGGUCCUUCUCUUUCUCUUUUUGGGCCUUUUUGGGCUAAACCAAAGGCUGCCUUUUGGGUUUUCGGUAGCCGACGGAAAGCCUCCAGAUCUUAAAGAAGGAGCGGCUUCGUCUCUGUUCUCAAACAGCUCUCAUUUUGCGGAGGCAGGCUGCCAGCUAUACUCCAUGCACCUGCUUUUCCCCCCAUUAAACCCGUCCUGUUAACGGGGUAGGAAUUAACCCCACCUCCCCGUGCGAGUCUGACCGCCUUCUGCUUGGGAUUGCUCUGCCGGGGUGAUGGUUGCCCUUCUCAUGCCCUUGCCUUUCAAUCCCAGGUCUCUUCCACUACACCAAGAAGCUCUUCCUCAGCGAACGGGUUGGCCGGGCGCAAGCCUUGGAGUUCAUGCGCAAGAAUGUGGCCAACUUCCUCUCCAUAGCGAACCUCGUGGUCGGCCUCUCCUCCGUCCUCUGCAGCCUCAACGGCCAUUAUCAUUAUGCCUGCUGGCUGAUCCUCUCCGGAUUCCUGUUGGAUCUUGCAGAUGGUGCUGUGGCCAGACAGCUCAAUGCUUGCUCCGCUUUGGGAGCCAAGCUGGAUGACUUUGCCGACUUCACCUCCUUCGGCCUGGCCACCGGCUUGCUCCUCCAGGCCCGGGGCAUCCUGGACGGGCUGCUGGUCAUCGUCUACGUCCUGGCAGUCUUCACCCGCCUCUGCUUCUUCUCCAGCGGCGUACCCUUCAUGUACCGGGGCCUGCCUUGCCCCUACGGCGCCUCCGUCCUGGCGGCCACCUACCUCCUGACCGGAGGCAACCUGCUGGUCCUGCGCAUCGUGGCCAUGGUCAUGAUGCUCUUCAUGGUGGACCAGGGCUUCUACCCACAUGACAAGGUCCUGGAGUCCCAGCCUUGGAAGAAGGCCGUCUACGCAGGGGGUGUCUUGAUGGUCCUCUUUUCGGCCUCCUCCUUGGCCUCCCUUUACUACCUGGUGUGGUCCACCUCUUACAUCAUCUUCCCUUCGGCCUUGUGGAGUUACAAAGUCUAACCUCCUCUCCUGAAGGAGGAGCGAACGGACGAGGACUCCGACACCCAUCAUGCGCUGCUGUGGACGCUGUCCUGAAAGGCAACCAACGCAAGGGACCGGACGAGUGGCUGACCUACUAUUAACACCCCUGCUGUUGCCUAAAACCGUACUAAUGCUUUCUGUCCUUCUGAACGUGAUGGUGUUUCUCUUUUUCACACAUCCAGUAAUACUCGUUCUACACUCAUUGGUCUCUCUGGGAGCCCAGUGGUUGGCUUUGACACUCCCAGCCUCGUUCUUUGAUGUAGAUAAAACUUGUACAGAAAUCUUUAUAUCUAGAGACUUGUACAAAAAUAUAUUGUAUAGAUCCGAAGAGGAGAAAAAUCCAUUUUUAGAUUUUUACUCUUUUAAUUUUUUUUUCAGAUUGACAUGUGGGGCAGGUGGGUAAGGAUGCAGCAUUGGUUCUUCCUCUUCUGACAACUUCCCAAAUGCUGACAGUUUAUUGGGGCAGAACCUUGAUAUCUUUUCUGCAGCUUGGCUUUGAAAGAUUGUUAGUCACACCCCAAGAUGAGCGAGUUGUGUUGAGAAAUGCUGGCCGAGAAUAGGGCAACGAUGCAGGACUUUGUGGGACCAAAAAGACAUCGCUUUCAGGGACAGAGAAUUCCUUCUGGGUCUCGUUUCCCUCACCCCAAGACCUUAACUGGAUUUUUCAUCCAUCCCAAACACCAUAAAACGUGUGUGAAAUUGUUGUGCAUGCUGCUUUGUAGAUUGUGCUAUGUGUGGGUUCAGUCUUUGGAGGUCUUCUCACUUCCUGUGGUCCCUCCCAAGUGCUGGCCAAGGAAGAGCCAGACACUUUGUUGGUACGAUUUCGAGCAAACUUGCCGUUACGAGCCGUCCAAAUUGACCGCUUAGGUAGCCACUUUAAACUCUGAAGUGUGUAUGAAGUGGGUUGUCAAUCCCAGAAAAACAAGAUCCGGCCCUAAUUUGCUUGUUUUUAAUACUGAGAGUCCAAACUCUCAUGUCAGGAAACAAUUGAUUUUAGUUGCUUUACCAGUGACGAUAGUGAAAUAAUAUAUUUUUCCUCCUGCUGCUGUUUGCAGAUAUUAUUAUUGUUCUGCCUGUAGUUGUAUGGCAGGUACGGAGAGGAACAUACACUGUGUCUUGUUUGAACAAAUAUACUUGAAACAAAUGCUCUUGUGUUUGGGAAAUAAAUUUUUUAAACUGACAAGAAAAUGUUUUCUUUGGUUUUUUUAACUGGGAUAUUUAUAAUAACAUAUAAAUAUAGAGGGAGGGAGUAGUUUGCAUAUCCAGUCAUAAUGAGAAAACACAUCCUUUCCCUCAAACCAGAAUCAUCAGUAUUAUUAUCAUAUUUAAGUGAUUGAAAUAAAGGACAUGGAUUCAUUGACUUUCUUAUUAAAAGAACCCACUGGUAGAGGACUGAAAAUGACGGACUGGUCAAGUUUGGAGAAUUAUUUUUAAAAGAUUUAAGGAUGUGAAAAGGACUCACAGAAAAAAUGAACGGAAGGAAGAAGGACGGAAGUUACAAACCUUCUUUCUCUCCCCCCCCCCUUUUUUUCUUUUCUCUCUCUCCCUUCUUCUUAUUCCCCUCCCCUGCUACUAUUUUCCUACUUUUCUUCAUUCAAUUGUUCCCCCACUUUUUCUGUAAAGUUUUUAUUUGUUCAAUAAAAAUUAUUUAAAAAAUAAAAAUAAACAUAUAAAUAGAUGAACAUUCAGAUUUAACUGAAAUUAAGCUUUAAGGUUACUUUCCAAAAAGGGAGGAAAUAUAGAGUAGUUUGCAUAUCCAGUCACACAUCCUUUCCCUCAAACCAGAAUCAUCAGUAAUAUUAUCAUAUUUAUGUAUAGCUCACUUUUAUCUCUUGAUUAGCUUGGGUACUUAGCGUUGUCCAGACUAUUUGAAAAAGUCAAUUUUUUAAUUGUACAAAAUUCAUAAGGUUGUGGAUUAACUACAACUCACAUCAUGCCAGAUGAAACCCAAGAGACUCCAUCAGUACUUCAAUUUGUUAUGUUGGGCAAGUUUGCUCUAGAUGCAUCAUGGGUGGGGUUGAGUGUGCUCUCUGGCUGUAAUGUAAACUACAACUCCCACUAUUGUGAGCCAGUCUCCACAAACCCCUCCAAUAGGUUGAGUUAGUCAUGGGGAUUCUAUGUACCAAGUUUGUUCCAGGUCCAUCCUCGGUGGAGGUCAGUUUCCCUGGUUGUGGGUGAACUACAACUCCCAGAAAGGAAGAUCAGUUCCCUAACCCUAACCCAAACCCCUCCAGUCAUCAAAUUUCGCCAUAUCGGAUAUGUGUGCCAAGUUUGGUCCAGAUCCAUCAGUGUUUGGGUUCACAGUGCUCUCUGGAUGAAGGUGAACUACAACUCCCCCAAAUCAAAAUCAGUUUCCCCUAAAGACCUCCAGUAUUUUUUGCUGGCCAUGGGGGCUCUGUGUGCCAAGUUUGGUCCAAUUCCAUCUUUGGUGGAGUUCAGAGUGCUCACUGAUUGCAAAUGAACUAUACAUCCCAGUACCUACAACUCCAAAAUGUCCAGGCAAAUUCCUCACAAACCCCACCAGUAUUCAAAUGUGGGCAUAUUGGGUCUGCAUGCCAAGUUUGGUCCAGAUCCAUCAUGGUUUGGAUUCAUAAUGUGCUCUGGAUUUAGGUGAACUACAACUUCUAUAAAUCCCUCCAAAGACCUUCCGUAUUUUUUCUUGGUCAUGGGGGUCACUUGGUUCUGUGUGCCAUCAUUGGUGGAGUUCAGAGUGUUCUUAUACUGCAGGUGAACUAUACAUCCCAGGACCUAUAACUCCUAUAAAUCAUGGUGAAUUCUCCCCUUACCUCCCUAGUAUAUCCAGUUGCUGAUCAAUUUGUUUGCUGUGUGACAUAGAAAAUAAUAGGAAAGGGUUAUGGGAGAGGCAGUGGGCGGGGUUAUGCAAAUGCCACACCAAUGUAAUAAGUAAGUAAGGACCCUGCUCCGGAGAGACUAUGCCCUUGUGAGUCUGGCCAUAUCGAAACAAUCGAGCACGUGCUCCUCCAGUGUAUGUUUUAUAGAGAUAUUAGAAUCAAUUUCAUCACUCCUUGGCUUUUAAAACAUCCAGGACGCACUGAAAGAUACUACACCUCUCUGCUGUUCUCAUACUCCUAUUCUGCAAUAACCUAUAGUGUUGCCAGGUUCUGUGCGGCAGCAAUUUCCAUCAGACGGACGAUGACUAACCCCACAGGGCCUGUAGCCAGAGCAAUCUGUUAUAACUGAAAUACUGCAAAUGCUCCCUCUAUCCCCCUCCAGAGCCUCUUAGUGAACCGGUAUUUACUAUUAGCUGACCCUGCUAAUAGUCUGCUUUUAAUUUGUUUUUAUUAUAGCAAGCUUUUAACUUGUUCUUUUAUCUGACUUUUAUGGGAACUGCAAUUCCCCUUUUCGGGCACCUGUGCCCAUUUCCAUAUAUUCUGGUCACAGACCAUAAUAAAUUGCUGAACUGUACUGUACAGCUGAAGUAAGUAAGGAACACUGGGAUGCCUGUGGUGGAGGAAAAACAAAAUCUUGGAGGAAAUUGUCCCUAUAUGAAAUCAUUCACUUGGGUGGUGGGUGGUAUGGUGCUUGUGGAGGACACUGGAAGGGGUUGGCAGCUCUUGGACAUGUUCACAGUGCUCGCUAUAACCUGCAAUGCCACUGGAGGGAGGAGGGCCUUUGGUGUCUCCUGAGUAGUGGGAGCUAAAGCUAUUUGUGGAGGCAGGAGCUCGUCUGUGUAAGUGGACACCCCAGCCACAUACAUACAUACAUAUUUUCACUUUUAUUAUAGAUUGAGAUGCAAACCAGAAGAAAAAUAGAAAUUCCCCAAAUUUUUACUCCUGAGAAAAGCAGUGUGAAGGAAAGGCAUUUCUUUGGACUACAACUUCCAGAUUGAAUAAGAGUGCUUCUCUAUUCAAGGCAGUGUAUCCAAAUACUUAAUCCCUGGGUCAGUUACCACAAAGAGGAGAACCAUUUGUAUUGGUCAUAUCCUAAGGUCUCCUUAUAUCCUGAUUUCCUUUGAAGAUACCAUACUAUGCCCCACAGUUUGAGGAUACUGGGACUUGUAUUCUGCCACUGAUGAAGGUAAAAAAACUUACAAAACAGCUUUAUUUUUCAAACCAAAGU